AAGAUCUUCUCCCUCCUCUCUCUCUCUCUCUCUCUCUCUCUUCCAUCCUGAAUCUAAAGAUGGGUUGGUGUUGAGAGCUCAAGGAGUUGGCAGUACGUUCAGAGGGUGAGAGAGGAGAAGGGAGAUGGGAUUGAAAGAGGAAGUGAAAUACGUACGAGUAAAUGUGGAGCAGCCCAAUAAUAAGAAGAAGAGCACUAACACAUAUGUCAUUACAUGUGCGAUCCUUUCCUCUUUCAAUUCUGUACUUCUCGGCUAUGAUGUAGGGGUUAUGAGUGGAGCCAUCCUGUUCAUUCAGAAGGAUCUCAAGAUCACAGAGGUGCAGGUAGAAGUCCUCGUCGGCUGCCUAAGCCUCAUGUCACUAGUGGGCAGCCUUGGAGGCGGCCGUACUUCCGAUGCCAUAGGCCGGAAAUGGACCAUGGGGCUUGCAGCCAUAGUCUUCCAAUUGGGGGUGGUGCUCAUGGCUGUGGCCCCUUCCUUCUCACUUCUCAUGGCCGGAAGGCUUCUAGCCGGCAUAGGCAUAGGCUUCGGAGGUGUGAUAGCUCUCAUAUACAUAGCCGAGAUUUCCCCAGCUGCGAGCAGAGGAGCCCUCACAUCCAUUCCUGAGAUACUUAUCAACCUGGGUAUCCUUCUCGGAUAUGUUUCAAAUUAUGCAUUCUCGGGUCUCCCCGUCCAUAUCAGCUGGAGAGUCAUGCUAGCAAUAGGGAUCCUGCCUUCGGUGUUUGUUGCAUUCGCACUUGUUGUGAUCCCGGAGUCCCCGAGAUGGUUGGUGAUGAAGAACAGGGCCAAGGAAGCAAGGUCUGUGCUUUUGAGGAUCACAGAGGACGAGGCUGAGGUCGAGGCAAGGUUGGCAGAGAUAGAGGAGGCUGCUGCAAUUGAGAACAAGGAGAAAGCGGUAUGGCAGGAGCUCAUGAGCCCCUCACCCAUUGUCUGGAGGAUGCUAAUAACCGGUGUCGGGAUCCAAUGCUUCCAGCAGAUCACCGGUAUAGAUGCGACCGUGUAUUACAGCCCGACCAUCUUCAAGGAGGCAGGUCUGGAGAGUGAGAGAACCAUUCUCGCUGCCACAAUCGCUGUGGGGUUCUCAAAGACAAUCUUCAUUCUGGUGGCAAUGUUUUUGAUCGAUAGAGUUGGGAGGAAGCCUCUGCUAUAUGUGAGCACUGUGGGGAUGACUGCUUGUUUGUUCGGUUUGGGGAUGGCGCUCUUACUCCUCAAGCAUGGGUCCGGGCCAGGGCCAGGGCCAAACGAGAUCGGGAUUGCUCUGGCAAUAUUGGCGGUGUGUGGGAAUGUGGCCUUCUUCUCGGUGGGCAUCGGGCCAAUUUGUUGGGUGGUGACAUCGGAGAUCUUCCCAUUGAGGCUGCGGGCACAGGCAUCAGCACUUGGUGCCGUGGGAAACCGUGUGUGCAGCGGGCUGGUCGCCAUGUCCUUCUUGUCGGUGUCCCGGGCCAUCUCGGUGUCCGGCACAUUCUUUACAUUCUCAGCCAUCUCGGCCCUCUCUGUGGCCUUUGUAUACCUAUUCGUUCCCGAGACAAAAGGGAAAACGCUAGAGCAAAUAAGGUUGCUGUUCCAACAAGGAGAGGAUUGGAAAAGAGGUGGUGAAGUGGAGUUGGGGGAUGCACAGCAUUUAGUUUAGGGCAAAUAGCCACAAACUAAACUUGUACCGCUCCGAUCGCAUCAUCAUAAAACCACUUUGCAAUUCAAUUCAAUUCAAUGAUGGGGGUCGCUUCCACGAGACACAUCAAUUAUCGACUUGGAAUUAGUUGGGAAAAAAAAGCUUAUGAUGAUGAUGAUGAUGAUGAUUGGUUUAUUCAAACUCAGCAGUCCUCUAUACAAAAUUCUUCCUUCUGCCUUGAUCUCUACGAAAAAUAAGGCUCAAUGGCUGAUUUCACAAAAAAACUGUCAUUUUGUUAGAAUGCCAAUUUAGGCCGAUUACCCUUAGUAGGGACUGGGCCUCAUAGAGCUGGAAAAAUUUACAAACAUUCAUAAUUAUAUCUUGUAACACAUUUUUGGUGCUAUGCAUUUUAAAUUUUGACACACUCAUAUGCAUAAAGAAUAACGUACGUAUAAUUAAUAAAUAAAUACAGUGAAGUUUGUCUAUUGGGAGGCUUGAAUUAUAUCAUAUAGAAAAGGUUUUUGUCGACCACCUCGCACAUGGAACGAUGUGUUCUUAACGGCUCCAAUUCAAUAUGGGCUACGGCUUUAAAAUCAGGUGAUAUCCAAUCCAGAUUACUGAUUUGAAUGAGAAUCUCAUUUUGAAUGAGAAUCGGUCCAUUUUUGAGAUGGCAUGG